GCGCGGGCGGCGGCUCGGAGCGGCCCCGGCGCGGCGCUUCCCGCCGGGCCUCGGCGCAUGUGAGGCGGCCGAGCGGCUGCAGGGCGGCGGCGGCGCCGCAUCGGCCAUGCGGUGGCCCCGCGGCCCCCGCGGCGCCUGGCGGCUGCUGCCCCGGCGCUCGCUGCUGGCCGCGCUCUUCCUCUUCUCGCUCUCCUCCUCCUUCCUCUACUUCGUCUAUGUGGCGCCGGGCAUCGUGAACACCUACCUCUUCAUGAUGCAAGCCCAGGGCAUCAUGAUCCGUGAGAACAUGAGAACGAUUGGGGCUCAGGUGUACGAGCAGGUGGUCCGCAGUGCCUACGCCAGGAGGAACAGCAGCCUCAACGACUCAGAUUAUCCUCUCGAUCUGAGCCACAACGACACCUUCCUGCAAGCCACAACGUUUCUUCCUGAAGACUUUACCUACUUCCCCAACAAUACCUGUCCUGAGAGGCUCCCUUCUAUGAAGGGCCCCAUUGAUGUAAAUAUGAGCGAGAUCACCAUGGAGGACAUCCACCAGUUCUUCUCUAGGGACCCUUCCAUCAAGCUGGGAGGGCACUGGAAGCCGAGUGACUGCCUGCCUCGCUGGAAGGUGGCGAUCCUGAUCCCAUUCCGCAACCGCUACGAGCACCUGCCCGUGCUGUUCCGACACCUCAUCCCCAUGCUGCAGAGACAACGUUUACAGUUCGCCUUCUACGUGGUGGAGCAGGCUGGAAACCAACCCUUCAACCGUGCCAUGCUCUUCAACGUGGGCUUCCGAGAGGCCAUGAAGGACCUGGCCUGGGACUGCCUCAUCUUCCACGACGUGGAUCACAUUCCAGAGAACGACCGCAACUACUACGGCUGUGGGCAGAUGCCCAGGCACUUUGCAGCCAAGCUGGAUAAGUACAUGUACCUGCUCCCGUACAACGAGUUCUUCGGGGGGGUGAGCGGCCUGACUGUCGAGCAGUUCCAGAAGAUCAACGGGUUCCCCAACGCCUUCUGGGGCUGGGGGGGCGAGGAUGACGACCUCUGGAACAGAGUACAGUAUGCAGGCUACUCAGUGACUCGACCAGAAGGAGACACAGGGAAAUACAAAUCAAUUCCCCACCAUCAUCGGGGAGAAGUGCAGUUCCUAGGAAGGUACGCCUUGCUGAGGAAGUCAAAGGAGAGGCAAGCCCUGGACGGCCUCAAUAACUUGAACUACUUUCCAAACGUCACAUAUGACGCCUUGUAUAAGAACAUCACUGUAAACCUGACACCAGAGCUGGCUCUGGUGACCGAGUAUUGAGAGGAGAAAAUAACUCUGCUCUGCCCUUCACCAAGAAAGCACCACGCUAGACUUUCUUUUCCAAGGGUUAUUGAGGACAAGCUACACUUUGUCUAAUGAAGGAUCACAGUAUUUUGGAGGAGGAGGCUGAAAGUGCACGCACAAAUUGCCCAAGCUGUACCAGCCCAGCCCGGCGCCGGGCAGCGAGCUCAGCAGUCUCUUCAUUCUUCUGCCACUUGCUUUCUGGGUUUCAGGACAACAGUUGGACCUGCUGCUCUCGUCUCCACAUUCCUCUCAGCAGUCUCUGGCACUGGGACUCUCUGGAUGCACUCUCUCCUCCGGGAGGCUCAGCUGAGGGACUCUGGCUUCCUGCAGCAGUUUGGUUGGCACUGCCCUGGUGGGAGAUCAGACGACUCUUGAGGCCGUUCUUCUGUGUCUGUGCAGUUUUUUAAAUGACCUGCUUGAAGUAUAUACAACAGAAUCGCUUCUUAAAGAAGUGUAAGUGUAAAUAUGCUGUGUAAAUUGCCCCUUUUUAUUUUUCUCCUAUGGCUCAAGUCCAAGCGAGAGGUUUACAUGCAGUCACUCAUUUUAGUCCUGAGUUCUGUAAACACUUGUGUGAGCAUCGCUGUACUUGUGCAAGGUGUUCCUGUCAAGCCAGUGAGACUGCUCGUGUGAUUCCAGCUGGGCACAUGGAGAAAUGUUGGUGGGCCAGGGCCAGAACCUUCCAGUGCAGUGGGUGAGAAAUCCAGCCAGUCAUCACUUGUUCCAGAAACUGCAGGGCUGGCUUGUUCCAGGGAGGGUGAGGAAAUGGGAAUAUUUAUUUUUCUGUCACGUUUGCAACAUGGUGUGCAAAUAAAUCCAAAAGCCAUAGGGAGCACAGUCCUGUGGCUGUUGCUCUGUGUCCUGCUGAGGGCUGGGAUGGAGCCACUGCUCCCAUGAGCCCUCCCUGCACAGCAGCACUCACCCUCCCUCUGGAAGGUGCUGGAAGGUUUGGGAGGUUGGUUGAGCUUGUUUCAUGUCAGUCCAGCAGCACAAGGAGCUCUCGGGCCGGGCAGUGCCUGCACUGUCCCCUCGGGUCCUGGCAGCACUGGCAUGGGCACAGCCGGUGGGAUGGGGGUCACAGCUCAGUGAGAGACAUGAAGGACGUGAAAAUAUGAGGACUGGGAGCCAGAGCUCGGUCUGACAGCCCAUCCAGCCAUGCAGUGUCAUCCCUCUCUUUUCACUGGGCAGGCUGGACUCGGGGCCCUGUCCCCAGGACACGGCCCAGCCCUUACACAGCACUGACACCACCACUGUCACUGGACCCCUCUGACCUAACAGUAAAUACAUUGGGUGUUGGUUUGAGUUUGUAUUUCCACACAAGGGCAGGUACUUGACCUCUGAAGGACUUCAGCUCUUUCCAUUGCAUUGUUUGCCUUGUUUCCUUCACUUUGUGGUUUACAUUGUUCUCAGUUCCGUGGACGAAUGAUCCCCAUGCGCAUCUGUGGUGGGUGUGACUGCCCAGGGCACUCCUGACCUGCACCACAACACCUGAGCUUAGGAAACACGAGCUCUGUGUGGAUCUUGUUGGCCGGCAUGAGAGGGCAGAGCCUGCCCUUGAGAAGCGCUGAUGAGUUUGUAACUAAGUUUUAAACCUCUGACCUUACACGUGCUUUAAACUCGCUUCCCGGGGGGAUGCAGCCUGGUGGUUUGCAGGCAGAGGUGAGGAUUUGCUUUUUCUGGCCAUACAGCAAUAAAGACUUUUGCUUCAGUCUCCAUCUGUAAUUCACGUGGACCCUGUCCGGGUGCUGAUCCCUGCCCCUCUUCUCUUUCAUCCUGAGACCCUGCUAGGAACCUGUCUUUGUUUAAUGGUGCUUCAAACAAGGAAUGUACUUCAACUAGUCCGAGUUCACGACCCCAGAAUCAUGCAUGUGUGUGUGAGUAGGUGUUGAACGACCUUAGCUGGGAUCCUCAGCCUCCCUGUCCCUGCCCUGCGGCCCCUGGUGUGGCGCAGGAGCUGUUCCCUCUGCCCAGAGCUGGCACACGAGGCUCCAUCCCCAGCACCCCUUCCUUCCCUCCACCGCCCGUUGAUUUGCCCUUUUUAAAAUGUGGAUUAUCUGAAAAUGUGCACUGUUAAUCUUAUCAGCUCUGUCAAAUACUGUAUAGUAAAUGUAACUGUUAAAAACAUACUGUCAAGCGCAUGUGCUGUAAUGGUGUAAAAAUUCUUGUAUUAAGGAGAACUUGUACAUAUUCUGGCAGCUGAAGUUCAACAAGGCCACUCGUUCGCCCCUUCCACGUCAGCCCUGCUGGAGGGCAGGUCCUCUGCGAUGCUGAUUUAUUUUUUUUAAAUGAGCCACGUGGGUUUUAUUUGCAAAACUAUUUAUUGACAGUUAAUUCUCCGUAGAGCUCUAGGGGAGGUUCCGUCUGAGCAGCGGCCGCGCUCUGCAGGCCCCUCACCAUCACAAGUGGCUUCAAACUCAGCUUCCCAUCACCAUGGCUUUUGAGCUUACUGUUAUGUUUUUAAGAGGUGCCAGGGGGACAUUUUUGCACUGAAGAUUAGUGUUUUACAACACACACACACUUCUCAGCAAAGCAAUCCUUUGUGUCAUUACAUUUAUUUACCCAUGUGUUUGUACAUUUUUGUAUUUGUUAAUUUAUGAAUGAUUUUUUCAGUAAAAAAUACAUAUCGAAGAACAGA